GUGAGGAGAGUCCCGGCUCUGCAGCCGCCGGGCCGAAACGGCACCUUCCGUGUAUUAACUCAUGUCCAGAAUACUUCCAGUCCGAUGAUAUGAAAUGUGUUGAUGUGUCUGCUGAAACAGCAGCUGAUCACACUUGUCUCAUUCUUUCUACAUUGGAAAUCAGAAAGCUCCUCUUCUCGUUGCAGAAGUUCCCCUGAAUCUUGUAGGAUGCUUUUAUUUCACUCUUUUGUCCAGUUCAUCCCAAACCAGCUGGAUGAGCUUUAAGUCUGGACAAUGUUCUGGUCUCUAUGAUUUCAAACAGUCUCUCUGCUUCUUCUUUCCUGAGGUCUUAUUCUGACGUCUUUCUGCCAUAAAGUCAUAACCUGAGAUUACCAAAACAUGACUGGAAUUUUGGUAGUAGUUUAUUCCAAAAAUGUCGAACUCAAGUGUGAUCUCUUCACUAUUCAAUGAACUCUUCAUAGAUUUAUAACAGCUGCUUCUUCUGCCUCCCACUGUCUGACUGCAUCCAGCUGACACUGAUAUGAACCAGAGAAGAAGAGACAAUCAGUGGAGGAGCAGCUGAUGAUGAUGGAGGAGGAUUUGAGUUGAUGUACAGAUGAAUGAUUUGUGUUUCUUCUCCACAUGAAGGUAGAAAGUGUGAAUCCAGCAGCAUGAAUCAGUUUGAGGACAGAGAUGAGGGAGCCCCUCCCUCUAAAAUCAGAAGAAUGGAGAUAAAGAGAGAGGAUCAGAGGUCCCAACAAAGACAAGGAUCUGCUGGACCUGGACCUGGACCUGGACCUGGACCUGAACCUGAACCUGGACCCAGCUGUGUGUCCUUCAAGAGCGACUGGUCAAAGGACCUUAUUAUUAAUUUCAAAGAUCAACCUGUAUCAGACUCACAAGUGGACCAGCAGAGCUCAGAGGUUCCCAGUGCUCAGUCUGUCCAGCAGCACCAAACACAGCUGGACUCCAUAUUUAUGCUGCUGGAGGAAAACAUUGUCACGUUUGUGAAGAAGGAGCUGAAGAAGAUGCAGAAGGUUCUGAGUCCAGAUUACCCAGAAUGCUUAGAGAGUCAGAGCGAGGUUGAGGAGGAUUUGGAUGGUGAGGAUGAAGAGCAGAGGAGGAGCAGCAGAGACGCGUUUCUGAAGAUCACAGUGAACUUCCUGAGGAGGAUGAAGCAGGAGGAGCUGGUUGACUGUCUGCAGAAUCUGAUGGUUCCAGUACCAGAGCCACAGCUCAUCACAUAUUACCAGCAGAUGCUUCAAUCAAACCUUCAAGACCAGUUUCUGUGAGUGAAACCAGGCUGGUCAGAAGUCGACCAACGUCUGGAUGACAUCUACACAGAGCUGUACAUCACAGCUGGGCCGGAUUCACACAUCAACACACAGCAUGAGGUCCAACAGGUUGAGACGACACAGCAGAAGCAAAGAUCAGCAGAGGAGCCAGUGAAGCCCAGUGACCUGUUCAAACAUCCCCCUGGUAAAUACAGACGCAUCAGAACAGUGUUGACCAAUGGAAUCGCUGGGAUUGGAAAAACAGUCCUUGUGAACAAGUUUGUGUUGGACUGGACCCAACAAAGGUCCAAUCAAGACGUGCAUCUGAUUUUCCCCUUCACCUUCCGUCGGCUGAAUCCACUGAAGGGACAGAAGUUUAGUUUGUCAGAGCUCAUUCAUGAAUGUAUCCCAGAAACUGAGUCCAUCAGCCUGGAGGCUCUGAAUUACAUCUUUACACAUCUACAGUCAUCAGGAAACAGCAACUAUGACAAGAGCAGCUUCAAACUUCUGUUUGUGUUUGAUGGACUGGACGAGAGUCGCCUCCAACUGGACUGUAGCACCAGUGAGAAAGAGACGGGUCAACGUGACGUCACAGAGUCCACCUCAGUGGAUGAGCUGCUGACAAACCUCAUCAGAGGAAAACUACUACGCUCUGCUCGCAUCUGGAUUGCCACACGACCUGCAGCAGCCAAUCAGAUUC